GUCAGAUUUGUCACGGUGACAGCCGCUGCCAUAAUCUUUUAAUACUUGGCGGGUCGCGGAGUGGAUUGCUGUCCCCAUCUGUUCUGUUAAAAGUGAAAUUGCUUUCGUGACGUGAAUCGAAGAAGUUAGCGGGUACAAAAAAAGUAAAAGAACGUCAACAUGUACAGCAAUCAGUCGGGGUCACUAGAUUAAAACUUUAACGACGCGCCCUUUUAAUUAAAAGUUAAUGCUCAUGUGAAAACUUGCUAAUUUCGCAAGACAAGCUCCCAAAUGGCGAAUUCUAAAUUCAGUGACGUUGACGAGUAUGGAUUUCAACGCCCAGAAGACUUCGACUAUUUAGUAUACGAAAAGUUUAUGUCAUCUUACCUGAAAGUCCUAACAGAACGACAAAUACGAUGGGAAACGUUGAAACGAAAGAAUACAGAUUUUUCGAAAUUGACUCGAACUCUUAAACGUUAUAUCAGAAAGGGAAUACCCACGUCCUAUCGCACUGAAGUGUGGAUGAAAGUAUCUGGUGCAUAUCAAAAUCAACAGCAAUCUCCAGAUCUCUAUAGUAAUUUACUGAGAGCGCAAUUCGAUAGGGAUACAGUGGAAGCUAUUAAAAUAGAUCUUCCACGUACUUUCCCCGAUAAUAUUCAUUUCGAAACGAAAAAGAGACAGCUUUUCAAUGUUCUUAUUGCAUACGCACACCAUAACCGCGACGUAGGCUACUGCCAAGGACUGAAUUAUAUAGCAGGUCUAUUAUUGAUAGUUACACAAAAAGAGGAACCAACAUUUUGGCUGCUUAAAAUGAUUGUCGAGAAAAUAGUUCCUUCAUAUCAUACCAAGAGAAUGACCAAUUUAAUUCGAGAUUUAGCUGUUUUAAAAGAGCUAAUCAAAUUAAAAGUACCUGAAGUUAAUAAUCAUAUAGAAAAUUUAGGUUUACCAUACACUGUGAUAGCAAGCAAAUGGUUCGUGUGCCUAUUUGCGGAAGUACUGCCAACCGAAACUGUGCUUCGAAUUUGGGAUUGUGUUUUCGCAGAGGGAUAUAAGAUCCUCUUUCGAGUAGGAAUCACCCUAAUUGUUGCGCAUAGAAACGUUAUUUUACAAGCCGACGACAUAUCUGUGCUAGCUGAAUUGUUUCGCAACGAAAUUAUCAAAGGCGAGAUCGCCACCGAUUGUCAUAAUUUUAUGAAAAACAUUUUCAAAGUACCUGGUAACUUAAAGCGAAGAGACUUGGAACGUUUAAGAUUGAUCUGCAUCGAUCGAACAAACUGUUAGCAUUUCUUCCAGGUUUUCUCUGAAGGCAGUUUAUAUACAUAGUUGCUGAUGUGUACAUCGGUGAAGUACUACGAGCACAUUUAAUCGAAAUGUAUUGUUUUUGUGUUUAUUUGUAAGCAUAAAUGGAAUUAAAUUAUUGACUCAUUUUAA